AGCUUACUGGAGAGAAGGAAAGUAGCGAUGAACCAACGACUUCAGGGGAAUCCGAACGUCCAAUCCAAGCUGAUGAUGUCUGACAGGAACCCCAUCUACUCAACUCCAUCCUUCAUGCAACGACAACUGGCCUUACCUUGGUCACAUGAGGGCAGCAGAUAUAUGCAGUCUCAGAAUGAUGAGGGAGGUUGCCGACAGGCGAUGGCCAGUAUCUUUCACCAGUUGUCCUGGUCUUCCAUGGCAUUUUCUUUGGGCCUCAGCUGGGCGUCUGAAUCAAGUGUUUUUGCAGCAUGCUCUUGGUACAGUACUGUCUUCCAACCUCUCUGCCAUCUGUCAUGGGAGGGAUGCCGGAGCGGGUGGCCGUUGAGGAGUUCGUCAGCCAGAGGGUGGAGCUGAUGUCCAAGUCAAUGAAGCUGA